GUUUAAUUUGUUGAACUUUAGUCCUUUUCAAAAGAGGGAUUCUUGUGUCAUCACACAGUCUUCCACUAUAUUUGUUGCGCUUGAGGACCAUUUUUUCUCUAUCCUAGCAUUCCCAAUCUUGAAUACCAUUUUGUUUAUAUCUAAACAAAGAGUACUUAUCCCAUUUUUUGGAACAUUUACCCAUUGGUUUGUUUACCUGUGCAGAAUUGUUGGGUUUUCUUGUUUUCCUUGGAUUCCUAAGUCUACUUGCUCUUCAAAUCCAGUCCAGUAUUCAGUAUAUAAAGCAAAAGUUUUUAAAUAAUACUUUUGCUUUUUUCCCUAUUAUAUUUUUGAUUCAUCAACUAAUUUUUCCGUUGUUUUGUUUGUGUCUCUGCUUGGGCUUGUAUGUUUAUUCAAAUACUCCCAAAUAUUAUCCGUUUCAUUUACUUUUCUUUAUUGAAUUGUUUGAAUUUGCUUCUCUCCUGGUUUGCUUUUUUCUUGUUUAGCAUGCUUUCGAUGCACCGUCAUUCUAUAACCAAGGGGAUUCCUGCACAUCUUCCUCGUCAGCUCUCCCUUUUGGCUUAUAAGCAAAGCAGAGUCAGCACUGGUUUGGGCAAGCGAUUCUAUUCUCCACUUGAAUCGGAACGACCCAAGGAAAUGGGUUGGGAAAAGGAAAGAACAACAGAUCGCCUUUUUACUUCACCCCAGAAAUAUGCCCAGGGACGCAAUAUCUUUGGCCGUUCCUUUACUUUUGUGAAAAACUGGGCUACUGAUUCGGCGGUUGUCCUUGCUGAUCCCAAUAUUUGGAAUAUAUGUGCUCCCACCAUCGUCAACUCUUUGGAAUCUAACGGCAUGAAAGUCAAAAAGCUUAUCUUUGGUGGUGAGUCCAGUCUUAAAGAAAUUCAUCGUUUACAAGCUGAAUGUCCUUCCGACGCUCAAAUCGUCAUCGGGGUUGGCGGCGGUAAGACAAUUGACACUGCCAAGUACUUGGCUAACGAAAUCAAAAUCCCUUGCAUUAUCGCUCCGACGACGGCCUCUUCAGAUGCUGCUACUGCUUCUCUUUCCGUCAUUUACACAUCUGAAGGCGAGUUUCAAAAGUAUAGCUUCUACCCCACUAACCCAAACCUUAUUAUGGUCGAUACUGAUGUAAUUGUAAAAGCGCCAGUACGUUUUCUCAUUAGUGGUAUCGGUGAUGCCCUUUCAACUUAUGUGGAAACUGAGAGCAUCAUGCGUUCUAACUCCCUAUCCUUUGCUGGUGGUGUCCCUACCAUUGCUGGAGCUGCUAUUGCUCGCGCUUGCAAGGAGACUAUUGAAAAAUAUGCGGUUGCUGGUAUUCUUUCUAAUUUACGUGGUGUUUGUACAGAAGCUUUCGAACAUACAGUUGAGGCUAAUACCUUGCUUUCUGGCUUAGGUUUUGAGAACGGAAAUUUGGCCGCAGCUCAUGCUAUCCAUAAUGGUCUUACCACUGCUCACGGAAACAUUCAUCGCUUAAUGCACGGCGAAAAGGUAGCCUAUGGAACGUUGACUCAGUUAAUUUUGGAAAACUGGCCUCUUGAAGAAUUUAACAAGCUCGUUGCUUUCAUGUCCCAAUGCCAUCUCCCAGUAACUUUGGAGGAACUUGGCAUUCCAUUUGUUACAGACGAAGAGCUUUUAAUGAUUGGUCGUGCUACCUUACGUCCUGAAGAGAGCAUUCACAACAUGUCGAAAAAGUUUACACCCCAAGACGUCGCAGAUGCUAUAAAAGCUGUUGACUCUUAUUCCAAAAAAUGGCGCGAAGAUAAUAAGUGGACUGAGAAGUUUGAAUUGCCGGCUACUCGUCACCAUCCUCAUGUAACUGAUAUUCAUCCUUGAGGCAUCUACAUCAUGGAGUGAGUCUCAAGUAUUUUAUGGUUUUUCCUAAGGAAAAUGGUUAUUUGCUUACCUUUACCUUUCAGCUAAUGAUGUUUUUUUAUUAAUUGUCAACCCUCCUCUAAUAAUGAAAAUAUAAAUGACUAGCUUUCCAUUCUUUCUUUUUUCAAUUAUUUUUUUUUUCUUUCAUUUAUUUAUUUUAUAAAAAAUUGAAAAAUGAACCCCUAACCUUUUGAACCCUCCCACUCCCCGUAAUGUUCUGCUAAUACUAACUUGUUACGCUAAUAAUUUGCAAUGUUUCGGGAAGUUUUACUUUUUGCUUUACAAUGAAUGCUCAAUUUCAUAUUCCGUUUCGAGUUUAAUUAAUAGCCACGACUGCUUUUUAAUACUAAACCUAAUGAAUCUGAUCGUUUUUUAUAUCACUUACCUUCUCUAAGGAUGCUAUAAAACUUGUUAUUUAUUUUGUUUUUCCUUGGAUUUUUCCUAGACUCUCCCAUACGAAUGGAGUCUAAACCACUUGAAUGUAUCCGCUUUUCUGUAAAUACUCGUGCAGAUAUUGGAGUAGAAAUAGUCCUUUUAUCGGCGGUUUUUCCCCACUUAGAUACACAUACAAGAACUAAUAAAUAUUUUAUUUUCUUAUUAUAUCAAAUG